AUGACACCGUGUACUCGCUCACAGAAGUACUGGACUCCCGGUUCCCAGGCUUACGGUUUACGUGCAAGCAUCGAGCUAAGUACUGCGCUUCGUAUGUUAAUGCUCCAGCCUCUCAUUAUCCUAUCAUUCUUGCAGAACCAUCAAUUUCACUGCGUGAAAAUCCUGGUGCAGAGCGCGGACGAGGUACGGGAGAUCUUCUAG